GGACGGGACAGGCCGGGACGGGCCAGACGGAACCCGCCAGACGGAACCCGGGCCCCGCUAUAGCCGGCGAGGGGCGGGACCCAUUUUGUGCGCGUCCUCCGCUGCGUCUCUUCCGGUCCGGUCCGGGUUGAUAGUGUCUCGCCUGAGCGCCGGCCGUGUCAGGUGCCGGUGCUGCGCUGUGCUGGGGCGAGGCGGGGUUCGGUGGGACCGCAGAGGCCUUUGUAUGCCCCCCGUCUCCUGCCCCGGGUCUGCACCCACCCUUCCCCCGUCCGUGUGUGCCCGCGGGUGCCGUCGCGCAGGCCGGAGCGGGCCGGGAGGGUCCGGCAGCAGCACCCCGAGCCCCAUCUGUCCGUGGGCUCGAGAGCGUGGGCUUGAGGACGCUGCCCCCCCAGGCAUUCUCCUGAUAGUGAAAAUGUGCAUCAGAGACUACUGGCCUCAGAUCUUGUAGAGACCUGAUUUACCAGGAAAGUGCCUCAUCUGGUCACAGAUUAAGCCUGCAUGCGUUGUUCGUAUAUAGCCACAGAAGAAGAGGCCUCCAGAUUCUAAUUUGAAAUAGCUGUGAUGGCCAGUCGCCAAGCAGAAGUUCAGAGUUUGAAGCUAGAUAAUGGUUCAGUUAUAGAAGGAAUAAGUGACCAGGUACUGGUGGCAGUUGUGCUCAGUUUCACUUUCAUUGCUGCUCUGGUAUAUACACUUUUAAGAAAUGAACAUCAGAACAUACACCCAGAAAAUCAAGACCUAGUGCGAGCUCUUCGUCAGCAGCUUCAAAGUGAGCAGGAUGCUUCUGGUGGUGAUAGACAUCACUUCUAUACAGAUAUGUCUUGCCCAGUCUGUUUGCAGCAGGCUACAUUUCCUGUAGAAACAAACUGUGGACAUCUCUUCUGUGGUUCCUGCAUUAUUGCCUACUGGAGGUACGGGUCAUGGCUUGGUGCCAUCCGUUGUCCCAUCUGCAGACAAACGGUGACAUUGUUUUUGCCACUCUUUGGUGAAGAUCAGCAGGAUGCAACCCGUAUACUUCAUGAUGUUAAUGAUUACAAUCGGAGGUUCUCAGGACAGCCCAGAUCUAUUAUGGAAAGAAUUAUGGAUCUUCCCACUUUAUUGCGCCAUGCUUUCAGGGAGAUGUUUUCUGUUGGAGGCCUCUUCUGGAUGUUUCGCAUCAGAAUAUUCCUCUGCUUGCUUGGAGCCUUGCUCUACCUGGCCUCGCCUCUGGAUUUUCUUCCUGAAGCCCUCUUUGGAAUUCUGGGGUUCUUGGAUGAUUUCUUUGUAAUUUUUCUUCUGCUGAUAUAUAUCUCUAUCAUGUACCGAGAAGUGGUAACACAGCGGCUGAAUAGAUGAAAUGGAUAAAAAGUUCCCAAAUGCAGAGGCAAAAAGUUAUGGAAAGUUUUAAAAAGAGAACUAUAAUAUAAGGGUGAUAUAACAAGGUGCCUGUGUACAGUUGCAGUAGUUGUAAUUUCAUAGCUGGUCAUCUUAUAAAAAUAUGAUGGGUUAGUAUGCAGUGAUGCUUAACAGGAAUCUUUUAACUUGUGUAUUAGAUACACUUCAUAAGGAUGAGUUUAGUUUUAUAAUGUAGUAAGCUACCUUCAUCUGCUUCCACCUGAACUGUAUGUUCAGCAAAAACCACCUUUUUUGGUGUGUGGCUUGUAAAAAAGGAGUCCUGGCAAAGGACUUCUAAGACAAAAUCCUUUUGGGUGAUUUAGGCUUAAAUAAGGGAAUUCAGAAAUUCUUCACAGUGCAGUUAUGGCUAAAUUGUAAAUAUCUGCCUGUUGUGGGCUAGGGUUUUUUUAAAUAAAAGCUUUGUGUGUCUCUGUGGAAGAAGAAACUCAAGGACUGCAGUAUAAUUAUAACACUGCAGUUUGCUAUUGUCCAAAUGUGUCACAAAAAUAAGGAAAACACCUCAAUAUUGCUUAAACUGCACUAUGUACAGCUGCAUGCAAUUCAUACAAUUUUAUUUUUGUAUUUGGGAAUAUACACACGGUAUCUGAUCUAGAUAGAGAAACCAAUAUGGUACAUGUCAGGCUGGCUGGUGCUCUAAUUUUGAAUGGGAGCUUUUCUCUUCAGUCUUGUUUGUUUGGUAGAUAUGUAUCUUGAAAGUGCAGAUUUUAUGUUGCUCUGGGUCAGUGCUGUGUAUCUGAAGGGAGAGCUGCCAUUCCUUCAGUUGCAUUAAAUACUGUGCCCAGUAGAGGUAACCCUCAAACUUAGAUAGGGGUUGAAGAAAAGAAGUCGGUACCACAUGUUUACACUACAGAACUUUAAUUGAAUGUAGCUUCUGCAAUACAAGUGUUAAACAAUUUGGAUAUUGGAAUUGUGUUUGAUUUUCAGUUGACGUUUUCUUUGUUGAUUGAUUUGGAUGUGGGUAGAAGAGGUUACAAAUUACCUGGAUAUUGACACAUGGUAAGGGACCACAAAAAAGUCUUGGAAAUUUUUUCAAAAAUACCAGGGUAUUAAUUUUCCUUAAAGUUGAUAAUUUUUUUAAUGUUGAAUUUUAACGUAGGCCCUCAUAGCUACAGAAUAAUUUGAAAAAAAAUUGCAUAUUAAAAAAUUAUUGCCACUGGAGAGAUGUCAAGGGUAUCCUAGAUCUAUGUACUUUUUAUCUAGAGGAAUGAUAAUUACCAUUUUAUUGUAACUUCCUGAGUACUUGAAAGACAGUGACUAGACAGGUGAUUCUUUGCAUGUUUACAUGUAUGCAAUGAGACUUACAGUGAAAGGGACCUUUUCAAAACUUCAGUGUUUUGCCCAUGCAGGCAUCUUUCCACAGCUUUUAGCACCUAGGCAUGUGCAGGAAGAUGACAGAGCUGGCACCUGAUGUGUCAGUGGUUGGGGUUGGAGCUUGUCCUUCAAUGUCAGUGCUUUAAAUGGCAUUUGUUUAAAAGCAAAUUCUCAGAUUCUUGAUUUAAAACUUUUUAUUUUUGGAAAUCCAAAGACUUCUUAUAAAUGAACUGGAAAGUUUAAUUUUUUCUUGUUGCUUGUUGGUUAAAUAUGGGCAAGAAGAGAAACAGGAAGUGAAACGGGUGGGAGGAGGAAAGCAAGACAGAAAAUGACAUUUUUUGGAAGCAAAUGCUACUGGUUUUGUCAAACUAACUGUUCUUCAGCAUCUUAGAUGAGCUUUUCCCUUUGUCUUGGCAUUGCUAUUGUAUGAUGAUUGUUUAGUGUCUGCCUCAAUUAAAAGUCAUUAAGGUCUUAUUGGGUAAGCAUGGGAUAUUGAUAGACUGUUCAAUGCAAGAGGCUAGUUUAGGAUGCUAGGUAAGACAUAAUUUUGCAGUUUUUCUGUAAGCAUUGUUUUGGUGUUUUUUCCCCAAGAGAUCUAGCUGAGAUCAAACUCCAAAAAAGUGUUUUUAAUUUAGUAAAUGUAACACCUCUUUUUCUUUUGGAGUUUAACUUUUGGGUCUGCUUAGAGAUGAGUGUGAAAUACUGUUGUAGAACAAUUGAGUCUGUUCAUACAAUCUGUUGAACUAGUACCUCCUCCAUAUGUUUAUCUUAUGAUUGUGUUUAUAGUUUUUCCUGUGACUCUCUAAGUUCAGAGGUGUUAUAGAUAUACCUGAAACUGCUUACUGAUUUAUUUUCGUUGAGCUCCCCAACUUCACAUGCUACUGCAAAAUUCAUGCAUAGAUACCCACCUAAGGAGUCUGCUCAUGAAGAACAGACCUUCUUAUGUACCUGAACUCGUGUACAAACCAUAUCUGAGUACUAUAUAUAGUUUACCUGUGUUCUGUUUCUUCCUUCACUACUUGUCUGCUAACCAGAAAAGUUUCUCUUAGAGGCUUCUGCUUACUUUUAAAUAUUGAGUGACCUUGGGAAGCUGAAGUUCAACACAUUAAAUGCCUGACAGAAUUAUGCCCCUCCUGCCUUUUCACUGCUAUGUAUGCUUACUUGUGGAGACUGGUUUUUUGGUCCUGCCAGCCACUGAUGAACAGUAUUACGAUUUGCUCAGGCUUUUUUGUGAACAGAUGAAAUGUGAAGAUUCCUCUGUCCCGCAGCAUCUGGCUCUUGCUCCAUUACACAAAUAUGAAGUACCUGUAAAUCAGCUGCCUUGGGUACCUCGCUUGAACUUAACUUUAAGUCUGAAGCUCCCAAGAAGCUAGAGAUUAAUUCAUGAGCAUGCAGUAUUCCUGAACUGUGUGCUGACAAAUUGUUCUGCAGCAAUGCUAAAGGUAGUGGUGAGUGGUAGAGGUGAGCACUGGCAUCACAAUAUGAAGGAAAUAUGUGAUGCUAAGUGGAGACUGACUGCAAAUACCACUGUGGUUUCACCUCCUGGAAUGGGGCAACUGUGCUACUAGGAGGGGAAAAGAAAAAAAGAGGAAAACUUUAGCAGCAAAGAGACACAGGGCAAAAAGACAGUGCUUAAAAGAUCAUUUUGGUUUCACCAAAACCUGUGUGAAGUAUUUUACUGUUUCAGCAAUAUUAACAAUGGGAAAAACUAAAGUUAUACUUAAUAGCUGCUACAGAAUAACUUGUAGCAUCUUGAGGCCUAAUGAUCAUCUUUAUGAAUAGUGCUGUAUAGAACAAUCUGUUUCUGUAUUGUUUGCUUCCUACACCAUUAUGUCUAUGACAAUGAGGCAUAACAGUGUGAUUUGGGGAUACUAUUUUGCCAUAGAAUUCAUAGAACUUUAGUGACCUGUGUGUUAUACUAGAUUUUUAAGAGAAAAGUAUUUAAACCUACUUGUUACUCCUAAUGAUAAUAAAUUGCUACUAAAGUAA